UGGCAUCAUAAUUUGAAAAAUUUUAGAAGAGGGCUUGUCCAAUGACGAGUAAGCUGUACUAUUAAGAAACCUGUGGCUGCGAAGUAUUGCAUGCGGUUUUUUAAAUUUAAAAAAAAUUUUGUUAGUUACAAGUGUUUUUAAAAAAUUAUGGCUUCACAAAACGUUGACCCCCGCAUUACUAAUUCCUUAGUUGAAAUGUCUAAGAAAUCUUCUGAAAACAAUAAAUCAGAUUCCAGCUGUCAUUCUGUUAAAAAGAGGUUGCAGAAAGAAUUGAUGACUCUGAUGAUGUGUGGAGAUAAAGGUAUUUCAGCUUUUCCUUCAGAUGAAAAUCUAUUCAAUUGGAUUGGAACUAUCAAUGGACCUCAAGGAACAGUUUAUGAGAGUUUGACUUAUAAAUUGAAGCUAGAAUUUCCAAAUAACUAUCCAUUUAGUGCACCUAGUGUUCGCUUCACAACACCUUGUUUUCAUCCAAAUGUUGAUGAGCAAGGAAAUAUUUGUCUUGACAUAUUAAAAGAAAAGUGGACCGCAUUGUAUGAUGUAAGGACAAUUUUGCUGUCUCUUCAGUCUCUAUUGGGUGAACCUAAUGUUGACAGUCCCUUAAACUCGCAAGCUGCACAAAUGUGGAAAGACCAAACAACAUAUAAACUUAUUCUGCAUGAAAAAUAUGAACAUGAUGUACGGCAUAAACAAAAGAUGUAAAUUUAAGUAAUUUCAUCCUUUAGCAAGGUUAUUUGCAUUUGUAUAUUUUGUCUCUUAUUAAAUAUUAAUUUAUGACAUUGUUUUUAUGGUUUUAAAAAUGUGUUGUGUGUAAAAAUUCAUGUACAUAAAAGUAUAUAAAACCAUGCAAAUUUUAUAGUACAUUAGUAGGUCAAUAUGAAAUGAUUCUGAAAUAAUUAUUUUUCUUUUUGAUUUUAUAUUUUGUUUGCCAUAAUUUUUUAUAUAAAUAGUUUACAGGAUUGCUAUAUGAUGAAAUUUGCUAAGAAAAAUAAUUGUAUUUAAAGUAGUUUGCUUUUACAUUUUCUAUUAAUUUGAAAGUUUUUAAUAGACAUAAAAAUUUUGAAAUUUUUUAAUUUUAUGUUACAAUCAUCAGUAUAUAUAUUUUUUUCAUUUAUAAAUGCAUUCUUGUAAAAUACUUAAUUUUUUUUUAUAAGAAAUAUGUUUUGGUUUGAAAUAGCAUGGCGUUUCCUUUGUCUUUUGGUCAGUAAUCAGUGCAUAAUAUUUAUUUGCUUUCCAUAUAUCAUUUUUUAAAGAUUACUCGUAAAUCAUUGUACUCAGAUAUUAAAAGAAAAUUAAAAUGUGCUAAUUGUUUU